AUGUCUGGACAAGCACUCAACAAGAUUGCUGCCAAUAGCCCUUCGCGGCAACAUCCCUCUGAGUUGGAGACCAGCAUCGCUACCGCCCUCUACGAACUCGAAACCAACAUCCCAGACCUCAAGUCUGCUUUGAGGCCCCUUCAAUUCGUCUCUGCUCGUGAGCUCGAAGUCGGCCACGGCAAGCGCGCCAUUGUCAUCUUCGUCCCAGUUCCACUGCUGCCAGGCUUUCACAAGGUCCAACAACGCGUGACCCGAGAGCUCGAGAAGAAGUUCUCCGACCGCCAUGUCCUGAUCCUCGCCUCCCGACGCAUCCUUCCCCGCCCCAAACGCAGCAACCGCUCCCGAACAUCCCAGACUCAGAAGCGUCCUCGCAGCCGAACUCUCACAGCGGUCCACGACGCUAUCCUCGCUGACGUUGUCUAUCCUGUUGAGAUUGUGGGCAAGAGACUCCGAACAAAGGAAGACGGAAGCAAGGUCUUGAAGGUCGUUUUGGACGAGAAGGAGCGCGGUGGUGUGGACUACAGACUCGACACCUACUCAGAGGUCUACCGGAAGUUGACAGGCCGUGGAGUUGGAUUUGAAUUCCCCUUGAGCGGUACUGCGGAUUAUUAG